CACGCAAUGAACAAAGGCGCCAUGAGCACAUACGUCUACCCCUUGCUGGGCAACCAACCGGCACGCGCCUACCAGCAGGGCGCAGUCCAGCGGUGCCUGUUCCAAAACACACUCGUGGCUCUGCCCACGGGCAUGGGAAAAACCUUAAUUGCUGUGGUGGUCAUGGCCAACUACACGCGGUGGUUUCCCAACUCCCUCGCCAUUUUUCUCGCACCCACAAAGCCCCUGGUUGCACAGCAGAUGCAGGCAUGUCGGGGCAUGAUCCACGCCAUCCUCAGCCACUCCCCGGACAAUGCUCCCUUGGGCUCCGACUGGGUUGUCGAGAUGAACGGCACGACGCCGCCGAAAUCGCGUGAGAAACUGUGGACCAACGCUAGGUGCGUGUUCUCGACACCACAGAUCCUACAGAACGACCUCAAGUCGGGCACGCUGAGCGUGGAGAACGCCCAGCGCAUUGUAUUGCUGGUCAUCGAUGAAGCGCACCGCGCAACGGGCAAAUAUGCAUACGGCGCAUCGAUCGGCCACUUGUACAGGAUCCACCACGGCGUGGAUGUACCGACGCGCAAUUCGUUCGAACCGGCGCGACCGGCGCCCUUCCGCACCAUGUGUCUGACGGCCACGCCCGGGUCGAAUAUGGACGCAGUUAACGAGAUCAUGAGGCAGUUGCACGUUGCUCAUGUGUUUAUUCGCACAGAGGAGUCGAUAGAUGUUGUGCCUUAUAUUCAUGGGCGGUGUAUCGAGGAGGAGGUCAUUGAGAUGCCACCGUGGCUGGUGGCUGCGCGAGAAGUUCUGGUGAGCGUCAUGCGGCGCAGCACCAAUAUACUGUGCAACAUCUGCAAGGUCAUGUCCAACCCCGCCGAUCUCACGCGUGUCUCAGGGUACAGUGUACGCAUGGAGUGCGACCGCUUCCAGCGCGCGCCCUUUCGCGGCGGUGCUGCGGGUAUGGAUAUGGUGAGGAUUGUGGGUGAAUUCAACGUGGUUGUAUCCUUGGCGCAUAUAAUACAGUUAUUAUCCGAGCACGGACUGCGCCCGGCGUGGGGUGCCAUUCGCGCGUGGGAUCAGGAGGUUAAGCGCGCCAAGGCUAAGCAGGGAACAUCGUCGCGUGCUAGGGUUGAUUGCGUUGAGAGCAGGGAGUGGGAGAAUAUGAUGCGCGAUAUUAGCCCCUUAUCUCUUGCGCCUGCCGGAUUUCUCGGUCAUCCGAAGCUGAAUAGGCUUGUGGAAAUAGUAAGGGAGCACUUUGAGCAUAUCCACGGUGAAAAUGGUGCGACAGCGGCGGCUGAGGUUGCUUCCACGCGCAUCAUUGUAUUUUCGCAGUAUCGCGGGUCAGUCAGUGAGAUUGUCAGUGUGCUCGGUCGGUCGCUUCCCUUGGUUAAAUGUGAGCCGUUUAUUGGUCAAAGGCUGGACGACGAGCUUCCUGUAAAUGACAGCGACAUUGCAGCUCGCGGGCAGACCCAAAAGGAGCAGCUGGCGGUACUCACUCGCUUCCGACAGGGCCAGACCAACGUUAUCGUGGCCACCUGCGUUGGCGAGGAAGGGUUGGACAUUGGCGAAGUCGACCUGAUCAUCAACUACGAUGCGCCCGGGUCUCCCAUCCGCCUAUUGCAGCGCAUCGGGCGAACGGGUCGCGCACGCCGCGGCAAAGUUUUUGUGUUUUUAGCGAAAGGGACGCGCGAGGAGAACUCAUACAAGAAAGCACAGAAGGAGUAUAAGAGCGUACAGGCCAAGAUUGCCUCCGGGAAGGGU